ACACAGCGGCGGGAGAGUUUGGCUACAGGAACUCGAGGAUUCUCGUAUAAAUCCAAAUGGAUAUCCAACACAAAUAAACACAACGUGAGUUAUUAAGCGUUCGGAGGAAUAUAUACAGUGUGGAAUAAAAUGCAGGCGGCGGAAUAAUAUACAUUCACGCAGCGCUGUUAAAUGUGGAGUCUGAUAUUACGGUGUGAUUACUGUGUCAUUAGUGAGAUUAAAUUAAGCUCUAAUGGGUGACAGAACUCUACCUGACUGGAUGAACAACCAUCCCCAUGAGGAAAAACACACAUCAGGAACCUAUAAGAAGAAUGAACAGGAAGAUCAUCUUCCUUAUCUGGAGUUUGGUGGAACAGUCAUAUACAGCCAGGAAAGACAUGACUGCUCAUUUCUGUCUGAAGAUUUGAGAUGUUGUCUGGCGUCAGGCUCCGCAGUGGGGUUUGACCUGGAAUGGCCGCCCAGUUUUAUAAAAGGAAAGACAAAGAAAGUAGCUGUAGUGCAGCUGUGUGCGUCAGAGGAGAAAUGCUAUCUGUUCCACAUCUCCUGUAUGUCAGGAUUUCCUCCUGGCCUGAAGAUGUUUCUGGAAGAUGAGAACAUCAUGAAAGUUGGUGUGGGGAUCGAGGGAGACAAGUGGAAGCUUUUAUCUGAUUAUGACAUCAAACUUAAGAAUAUUGUUGAGCUGUCUGAUCUGGCAAAUGAAACGCUGAGAUGUAGUGAGAAGUGGAGUUUGGAUGGACUGGUGAAGAACUUGUUAAAGAAGCAGCUGUUUAAAGACAAACUCGUGCGCUGCAGUAACUGGGAGGAGUUUAAUUUGACAGAAGAGCAGAAGAGAUAUGCUGCCACAGAUGCUUACGCUGGAAUGCUCAUUUAUCAGAAACUACAGGAAAUCAUGAUGUCUGGUCGCUCAGGAUGCUCAGCACGUGAUUUGAAGCAGAGAGUCUUUCAGAUUGCUGGUGAUCUUAAAGAACUUGCUAAUGGUAUUCAUGAUGAACUCCGCUGCACAGACAGUGUUGUGAAUCUUGUAGAUGAUCUGUCUCACACUCUUGCAUCUCUAAGAUGCUUGUUGUUGAACCGUAACAAAACAGCUGAAAUAUCAAUAGAAGAACAGCCAUCUUUAAAGCACAACCUCCAGGAUACUAAAACCAAGAGAGAUCAUGAAGCACUUUCCACAUCAUCUGAGAAGCAGUGUGUGGAAGACUCCAGCAAACACACUGAUGUCCAUCCUGAGUGCCUGAUGUCUCUGGAUAUCUCUGAGUAUGAGCUGCAGAUGAUGGAGCAGCAGGCCAGACAGGAGCAGCUGGAGGAGGAGUGCAUUCUCGCUUUCCAGACACAGGAGAACUCUCAUGAUGUUCAGAGUGAUGAGGAUCUUGAUGAUGAAAUGAUGAAGUUGGCUGAUGAUGUAGAGAGAUUAAAGGAUGGAGAUGAUCAUGAGAAACGUGUCCCUCGGACUGCUACUGAAGAUGAAGAUGAGGAGGUUGCGGAAGAUGAGGAUGAGGAGUUUGAUUCAAGUCUCCCGCAACCAACUCCUGAACAAAUUAAAUAUCUGAAAAUGUAUUUUGGACAUCACAGCUUCAAACCGGUUCAGUGGAAAGUGAUUCAAUCUGUUCUUGCUGAGAGGAGGGAUAACCUGGUUGUCAUGGCAACUGGUUACGGGAAGAGUUUGUGUUUUCAGUUUCCUCCAGUGUACUGUCAGAACAUCAGUGUGGUCAUCUCGCCUCUCAUUGCUCUGAUGGAGGAUCAGGUGCUGCAGCUACAGAUGUCAAACAUUACUGCUUGUUUUCUUGGAUCUGCUCAGACCAGAAAUCUGUUUGAGGAGGUGAAGAGGGGUCAUUUCAGAGUGGUGUAUAUGACGCCUGAAUUCUGCUCGGGGAAUAUUCCUCUGCUAGUGCAGCUCAACAGGACACUCGGUCUGUCUCUGGUUGCCGUGGAUGAGGCUCAUUGUAUCUCUCAGUGGGGUCAUGAUUUCAGGAGUGCUUAUCGUGACCUGGGCAAACUCAAGAAAAACCUCCCUGGUGUUCCUAUUUUGGCGCUCACGGCCACUGCGAGUCCGUCUAUCCGUGAUGACAUCGUUAAGAGUCUUCACCUGAGCAAUACCAUGAUCACCUGCACCUCGUUUGACCGGCCCAACCUCUACCUGGAUGUCAAUCGCAAGAGCGGCGAUGUUAUGCAAGACAUCAAACAAUUUCUCAUUAAAAAGAAAGGUGGCGAUUAUGAGUUUGAAGGAUCAGCUAUCGUGUACUGUCCCUCUAAGAAGGAGGCGGAGCGUGUGACUGCGACUCUGUGCAAACUGGGCAUCACGUGUGGAGUUUAUCAUGCUGGUCUGAGUAUCAAACAGAGGAGAGAGACACAGCACCAAUUCAUGAGAGAUGACAUUCAGUGUGUGGUGGCCACCGUGGCAUUCGGGAUGGGCAUUAAUAAAUCUGAUAUCAGGAAGGUGAUUCAUUAUGGAGCUCCUAAAGAGAUGGAGUCCUACUAUCAGGAGAUCGGCAGAGCUGGCAGAGACGGGCUGCCUAGUGCCUGUCACGUCUUAUGGACGCCAAGUGAUAUGGCACUGAACCGAUUUCUUCUAAACCAAUCCAAAUCUGAGCGCUUCAGAGAUUACAGGAUGAGUAUGAUGGCUAAAAUGGAGAAGUAUCUGAAUUCUACAAAGUGCAGACGAAAGUUGAUUUUAUCUCAUUUUGAAGACAAGCGUCUGAGGAAAGUGACUGCUGGUAUUCUGGGCAGCAGUCAGUGUUGUGAUAACUGCAGAUCUGGUGUGUACAGGGAGGAUCCAGAGACUGUCCUGCAGGAUUUUGGCUCGUGUGCGUUUCAGCUCAUGAAGGCCGUCAGCACCAUGGAUGAGAGGUUUGGCAUCACAGCACCCAUACUCUUCCUGAGGGGAUCUAAUUCCCAGCGGGUUCCGGAUCGCUUUAGGAAGCACUCUCUCUUUGGCAUCGGGCGGGAAAUCUCAGAGUCAUGGUGGAAAGCUUUGGGCCGAGAACUUGUUUCUGAAAAAUAUCUGAUGGAAGCCACCGGUCACAACAAAUUCACCACACUCUGCAAACUCACUCCCAAGGGCAGAACAUGGAUGAUUAAAGCUGAAGAUCAGGCACAAAGAAAACUGCUGCUGCAGCCCAAUAAAGAACUCUUCAGCCGAGUGUCUGUACCACGGAGAAAGCCAGAUGUAGUGCAGAUUGAGCUGACUUCUUAUAGGAAGCAGUCAGAUCAGAGACCAAAGGUCAGUUUGCCAGCUGAAACCCGUCAGAUGGUUGACACAACAGAUUUAUCCUCUAGAUCAGCUGCCAAGUCGACCCACAUUUCUGAUGCCAAACCCCAAAAACCAGCAAUCUCUGCUAGAGAAAUCCAGCUACAGUCUGAGCUGUAUGGUAAACUGGUUUCUGAGCGUCAGAAGUUAGCGAGUCUGAAAGACAUCCCACCAGCUAUUCUAGCCACCAAUAAAAUCCUGCUGGACAUGGCAAAAAUAAGGCCGUGUACAGUAUCCAGUUUAAAACAGGUGGAUGGUGUGUCAGAAGCUAAAGCAGCCAUGUUAACACCUCUGAUUGACAUCAUUGUCAGAUUCUGUCAGACACACAGUUUACAGGUGGAUGUGUCCAGCUCUGCUCCACUUGUUCAAACACAGUUCUGCAAUGAUUUAGUUGGAGGUUUAAUGAAUCCGUCUCUACCAGAUAGUGUUUCGGUCUCAUACAGACUCUUCCAGAUGGAGCACAAGAGCAUGAGGCAGGUAGCAGAUGCUCGCUGUUUGCCCAUGGCAGUGGUGGAGUCUCACCUGUUACAGGCUCAGAAGAUGAACUGUCCUGUGGACACAGACAGAGCUGGACUCACAACACACAUCUAUAACACCAUCAGAAACAUCAUCACAGCUCCUCCAAUCAGCACAGAUCUGAGUGAUUUUAAAGCGAUCCGUUAUCGUGUCCCUGAAGAUAUCGGCAACUUCUUGCUCAGACUUGCGUUGUCUAAACUUCAGAGAGAAGGGUUACCUGCUUCAUCCACAGCAAACCAGGAGAUCAGCUGGAUAGAGCCGCUGGGAAUUCCAGUGAGUGCAGAGAGACCUGCUGUUAACACGAUAUUUGAAGAAUCACUGUGUGAAUCAGAUGUCAUGGACAAAAGUGAAGAUGAGCUUUUCCUUGAUCUUCCCAUGCCACAGGAUGAUGUUUGUCCGAAGUCAUUUGAGCCGGUUCCUCAGAGCAGUGGAAUGAAUCUGGCCUCCUGGAAUCAAGAGGCUCUGGAUAAAGACACUCAAGAUCUCUUCAGUGAUUUACCUGUAAAGACUUGCAGUGUCAGUCAGCCUAUGAAGAGAAAACUACCUGACUGGGCUGAAGGACCAAACACCUCAGUAACUGCAGCUACUGUAAAGAAGACCAAAAAGAAGAAAGGACUUUUCAUUUGAAAUUGUGAUGUUUUACAAAGCUGUGUCAUGCACAUUGUGUAUUUUGUACAAUUAAAUAUAUAUAUUCUUAUUACCUAAUUCCAUUAGUGUUGCAAUAUAUGUAUCAACUAAAUAAAAAUGAAUAAGAGUGGAACCAUAUAAAUACAGAUGUAGAACAAAAUCUGGUCCAAUGUCUAGUGCCACAGUUUUAUUUGAAGCAACAUAAAAUACUGUAGUGAACUACUCCCCCAUUAAUAUAAAAAAGACAUCUGUGUCGGUCUUGAUGCAAAAUAAACAUGCAGUGACACAAACAAUUUCUGUUAAGUAACGAGCACUAAUACAAGUCUGUUGGCAGCUGCUGACUCUUCUUCUUAUUGGUUUAUACACUAUGAGUUUGACCAAUCAGAGGCUAGAACACCUACCACAGUUCCUGUACUGUUAGAGAGUACCUAUUUUGAGCCUGGUUUCUCCCAAGGUUAUUUUUCUUAAUAAACCAACAUCUCAUGGAGUUUUGUGUUCUUUGGCUUGCUCAUUGGGGGCCUAAAGACAAUCAUUUCUAGACAUGAUGUUCAAUCAACUUUUUCGUUUAAACCACACAGAGGACUUUAAGACAUUACAGAAUAGUUUUCUGUAAAUUUGUUGUGAAAAGCACUAUACAAAUAAAAUGACUUGACUUUUUGAGGAGCAGCUAAAACAGUCAAAACGGCAAAAAGGAACUAUAGGUUUUUUAAUGUGCGAUAAUUGAGUAGUUCCUGAAACAGGCCUUUAAUGGAGAGGACCUCAUUAGUGAUACGGCCAGGAGUCCACUUGUCUGGUCCAACUCUCAACUGUAAAUAAAAACUUUAAAAAAUCAGUCAUUCCCAGUCUUGGCCCAAUCUUGUGUUCAGCUUGUGAUUCUUGCUAAGCAAGGGUUGUGUUUCAACCUUCCCACUCCCAGUAGAAGUGCCUCAACCUGACAUCUUCUCAUCUUCUGGAGACUCCAGGUUGUUUGCAUUCUGGGAAAUGGUGUUACUGGAAUAUAAAGGGUUCCUAGCUUUACUUUGCAAGAUAUUUGCAAUUAGUGCCUUUUCUUCUCAACAAAACCAAUGUGCCUACUUAUUGUGCAUGCUUUACAUUGUAAUUGUAAUGAGGCUCGGACAGCAAGAACAUCAGUCACUGCAAAGUGCCAUCUUCAGAAAAAUGGAAAGCAGUGUGUCUAGUUCUUUGUAACUAUAGGAUACAUUUUAGCAAUAUCCUUGUGAUUGCAUGUUCCAAAGGCAUUAUUGCAUAGAGAUGAGAGAGGUAUCAAUUUCCUUCUGUUGGAAAGCAAACUGGUUCCUUCA